UCUCUAAGAAGACUCAUUCUGUGUCUAAAGAAACAAAGGAAUUGUUUGUGGAUAUUUUGAAGACUUGUAAAAUAUUAGUGUAAGGCAAUAUCUUAUAAAGAAAGAAAAGACCAUAACCUCCAAACUUACUAUUGGCCAAAUUGGGCGAACUUGAUACAGCUCAAUAUGGAAGGAGGCUCUUUCAAGUCAAAACUGGAACCAAACGAAGAACCCAUGGAGCUCGAGAUAACACGGGAAGCUGAAAAUGAGAUUCAAGAGAAAAUCUCUCAAUCUGAUAAUAAGCCACUUUCGGACGUUCUCGGAGAAUUACUGGGUUUGGAAAGGAAUUAUCGUCUCGCAGGGUUGACCGCCGAGACAACUAAAGUUUGUUUAGAAAUUAUCAGACUAUGCCGUAAAAGAGGUGACUGGAAACUUAUUUUGGAACAUGUUCAACUUUUAUCGAAGAGAAGAGCCCAAGUCAAGCAAGCGAUUGCCACUGUUGUGAGAGAGUGUAUGACUUACCUCAAUGACCCUAACCUGGAUGAAUCCACAAGAUUAGAAGCACUGAGAGUUUUGAGAGAAGUUACAGAAGGAAAGAUCUUCCUUGAAUUAGAACGAGCAAGACUCACCAAAACUCUUGCAGAAAUAGAGGAAUCGAAGGGGAACGUUGCAGUUGCUGCUGAUUUAAUGGAAGAACUUCAAGUGGAAACUUUUGGUUCUAUGGACAAAAGAGAAAAGAUCGUCUUCAUCCUUGAACAAAUAAGACUAUCGUUGGAUAAGGGAGAUUAUAUUCGAGCUUCUGUUGUGUCUCGUAAAAUUACUCCUCGAAGCUUUGAGGGUGACGACUUUGAAGACUUACGUCUCUCUUACAAUAGACUUAUGGUGCGGUUACAUGUUUACAACAAAGACUUUUUAGAAGCUUGCAAGUGUUAUAUAGCUCGAUAUCAAACUUUGCUGGCCCAACAAGAUGCUUCUUGGAAGCAAGAACUCCGAAAUGCUGUUAUUUGUAUUCUACUGUCUUCGUUCAAUAACGAACAGAAUGACUUGCUUUUUAGGAUAUCAGAAUAUAAGCAACUUGGAGACCUUGGAGAAUUUUCAAAGCUUUUAGAAUUUUAUACGAAGAAAGAACUUAUUCAAUGGUCCGAAAUGAUAACACGGUUUGGACGAGAAUUGAAAGGCAUUUCGUUGUUGGAAUUUUUGGAUGAAAAGGAAGCCAUGAACCUUUUACAUGUGAGAACUAUUGAACAUAAUCUUCGAGUUAUCACAGUUUACUAUACUUGUAUUUCUGUUGAAAAACUUGCGAAAUUAUUAGAUUUGAACCCAGAGGAAACGGAAAAAUAUCUUAGUGAUCAAGUAUCCAGUCAAGUGUUCUGGGCCAAAAUCGAUCGGCCUUCAGGUAUAGUUCGGUUUACGAAGCCCCAAUCGAGUGAAGCAGUUCUUAAUGAUUGGUCUCAUCGUAUCACGAACUUGUUAAACAAAGUGGAAUAUACUUGUCACUUGAUACAUAGAGAACGAAUGGUUCAUAAGAGUAUACUUUCAUCUUCGGAAUCUUAGUGAAAUUGAGCAUGUAUGGUAAUCAAAUAAAAGUGUUAUUUUUGAUGCCACAGUUUUU